GAUGAUCUAGGUUCAAAUCUCACCGGGAACAUCAGUUCUUUCACGGUUGCAGAUAAGCGCUGCUGGCGAGUACCAACUAGCACAAAACUCCAAGUCCAGGGUUUCCUGCCAACUAAUUCCAAUAGUUUAACAACAAAACAGUGCAUGCGUUGUCUAGACUAGUGGCCACGUUAAAACUUGAUCGAUGGAAUUUGACCACCACCAAAGAUGGGACAAACAUACCAUUAGUCAUCACUAUUCCAUGGCUAUCCAAUGUACAUGUUUAUUUAAACAUCUCUACAUUAAUUUUUGUAUGAGGGUUAGGCAUAUUGUAAAUGCUUUAACUAAAGUGGUCGUAGUGCACUUUGAAAUUACAGGCAAGAGGCAGUGCGAAAUAGUUAGUUCAUCGAACUUAUCCACAGGUCUAUCGGGAUUAUGAUAUAUCUGUUACCUAAUAUGCAGAAUUUUUAUUUAAUAAUCAGACAAAAUAGAAAGUUUCUGAUCGUGUGUACAUGUUUGCUGACUGUCAUAUUUCUUUACAUAAUUAUUUCAUUGUGGAAUCCAUAUCCAUCUGUAACAAGUCAUCGACUUACAUCUGUGAAUUAUUUAACAGGAAAAGAAAUUUCCCAUCAAGAAAAAAAUGGAAAUUUACUUCUAAAUUCAGCAUCUACUUUGCCAUUUCUUAUUGAUGAAUUAAUGCGUAUCAAUCAUUCUGUUCAUGACGAGUUAAUUGAUUUACAUCAAAGACGUAAAGAAUUAGUGGACACUAAUGCUGUCCUUCAAAAUCAAGUAGAACGUUUACGAUCUAUUCUUGUAGAGCAUUCAAAGCAAAUAAUACGUCUUCGAGCCACCUUAGAUUCGUACAAACAAACUCUUUCAGAUAAUACUGCAUCGUCAGCUGUAUUUUAUUCCAAAUGGCCAGUUGUUCAUCUUAACUUAAAUAAUGAGAGCAUAAAGUAUCCUUCUGUCAUAAGCUCAUCAAACGAAUUAUGCACCAUAGAAUCCUGUAUCAAUUGGAAUCGGUGUCGAUUUAUAAGAUUUUUGAAGUUUUGCACUGAUUAUUAUGGUUCAAAUAAUACUAUGUCAUUUGAACAAUUACUUCAAAGUUCUCCACAUUUUACUGAAAGAUGUAAUAUUGAAAAUACUGCAUGUUUAAAACUGACUUUUGGUGUUGAAGGUGCUCAAAAAUGUAUACAGGAAUCUGAACUGACGUCAGAAACUUUACCAACUUGUAUUGUCUUGUUUUUCAAUGCAUUGGAACUUGAUCAAAUAUAUCGGAAAUAUAAUUAUUCAAAAAAUCAUCUUAACUUCUUACUGGUCGCCUACUCAUUUCCUGAAAAUACAUUUCGCCGAGGAUUCGAUUUCUUGUUGCCAAUAAAUUACGAUAUUUUAUGUAAAUACUCGAAGAAAAUUUGCUCUAUUUCUUCACCUUUGCGUUUACUACCAGGAAGACGUGCAUUAUUACUCAGCUUUGAUAUUGGGAUAUUGUCCAAAAGUCGUCUUGCUGAAAAUCACUCAUCAUUGGAUAAUUUAGUUAUUGAACACUUGAAAAAGUUGGAUAACGAUAGUCAUAAAAAGAAUGAGUCAACCUCUUUUAUUUCCAUAUCGAUUCAUAAAAAUACCAAUGAACUUGAAAGUUGUUGGUCUAAUAAAUAUAGAGAAUUCCUUUCCCGAAAUUCCCUAUCUGAUACUGAUUGGUUUCCAUGUGAAGAUUCUUCAACACUUCUUCGCAAGUCAACCUUUGGAUUAAUAAUGACUGGUGCAAGAAACUCGUAUUUGAGUUUAGGAUUACGAAUUCAAUUGAUUAACUGUUUAGCUAAUGGUGCUAUUCCUGUUUUUAUUGGAAAUAACGAUAUAUAUUCUGAUGAAGCAAUCAACUCGGAGUUAUUGUCUAAAGUUAUUGUACACGUUCCUAAACCUCGAGUCGAGGAACUUCCAGUUUUACUUCAGUCUUUGCCUGAAGCGCAUAUCGUUGAGAUCCGCCGACAGGGCCAGAUUUUAUUUCAACGUUACUUUAAAAAUAAAUCAUCACAACUUACCACUUUAUUGUUAGCUGUUAGUCGACGUCUUGGUUUUCCUCAACCUCCUGCUCCUCACUGGUCUAGUUUACCGGCUUAUAAAGAAUUUCACCCACCUAAACAGUAUCCAAUACAUAAAGAGAAUAAUUUUCAAGUUGAUUUAGAUGAUUUCCUCGGUCCAGUUGGACCACAACAAUCUUCCAUUAGUUAUCAAUCGAAUUAUACAGGUCCUGGUGGAUCAGCUCGAUUGGCUAGCGUAUCUUUUUACGGUGGGAUUAGUGACAUGGUUAAUCCAUUAUGGUUAUUUCCUUCCACACCAUGGGAACCUCCACUUCCAUCAGAUGCUGCAUUUGUACCAUAUGGUUCUACAAAUCAUGGUUUAAGACCAAUUAACCAUACUAUAAAUCUUGCAGGAUAUGAAUUCAAUAUGAAUUUAGGUGGAAUGUAUCCAUAUGAACAGUUUACUAUUCUAAUCCUUACUUAUGAUCGGUUUAAUUUAUUAUGUCAAACGUUAGAAAGUUUUAUAAAUCUUCCAUAUUUGCAUUCAGUUUUGGUUAUAUGGAACAAUCCUAUUCCACCCAAUCCUGAUCUUAGCUGGCCACAAUUACAUGUUCCAAUCAAAGUUAUCCUUAGCCAAAAUAACAGUUUGAAUAAUCGAUUUUUGCCUUAUGAUUUGAUCGAAACUGAUGCAAUACUAUCCAUUGAUGAUGAUAUUCAACUACGUCAUGAUGAAAUUGUUUUUGGAUUUCGCGUUUGGCGUGAACAUCGUGAUCAGUUGGUUGGUUUCCCAGCACGGGCUCAUUUUUGGAAUGGUUCUGAUAGUUCGUGGUUUUAUAAUUCCGAUUAUAUGUGUGAAUUUUCAAUGAUUCUUACUGGAGCUGCAUUUUUUCACAAGAUAAACACUAAUAUAGAUGCCAAUGAGUUUUGAAGAAACGACAAGUUUUUCCUCGGUGGUUCAUAUUGCUUUUUUGUUAAAAGAUCAGUAUUAUACAUUUGCUUAUACGUGGGAAAUGUCUCCGGACAUUCGUAACAUGGUAGACGAUUAUUUCAAUUGUGAAGAUAUAGCAAUGAAUUUUCUUCUAGCACAUAUAACUAGAAAACCCCCACUGAAGGUUACACUCCACUGGUCAUUUGACUGCGUUUACUGUGGUUCCACUCUACACGACCGUCCAGAUCACUAUGCUGCUCGUUCCCGCUGCAUUAAUUGGUUAACAAAUCACUAUGGAUAUAAUCCUCUCAUGUACAGUCAGUACAGAGCUGACUCUGUAUUAUUUAAAACACGUAUUCCACUCGGCAAACAAAAGUGUUAUAAAUAUAUAUAAUACUUCGUAUU